GUUGCAUAUAAGCACGUUCUCGGCUAAGACUUGUCCCAGGGUUGCCCAUUCUCAUCUCUACAUUCUUCCCACCAUGACGAUUCGCAUCAUCGCCCCAGGCCGCCAGGUUACGGCCGCUAGCGCCAAUGGCAACGGCGUUAACAUCUCCAUUGACGGCCACCACUUUGUCGUCGAAGCCAACCCGGGAGACAACAUCCAGCUGCAGCUGGACAAUGGGAGCGUGGACCUGCCGCCCGCGAACGACGACGACCGCCGCCGCGGCUGGCGCCGCCUGAACGCCAACAAUGCGCUCGCGUUCGGUGUCGACGAAGACAAGGUCGUCGUGCUUCCGGCUUGCAACAUGAACGACUGGAUGAGCGGGCUUCCGGACGACCGUGCUGUGGCCGACCUCACCAUCCCGGGCACACACGAGUCCGCGUCGCUUUACGGCGGCUUCAUCUCGCAAUGCCAAAACCACGACGUCGGCCAGCAGCUGCAGCACGGCAUCCGCUUCUUCGACAUUCGCCUCAAGUCUAAGAACGGUCAGCUGGAGACCUACCACGGCAUCCAGGCUCAAGACUCCACGCUCCAGCAACAGGUUGAGUGGAUCGAGAACUUCCUCCGUCAGAAUCCCCGCGAGACUGUCAUUCUGUCGAUCAAGCAGGAGCAGGAGGAUGCCGAGGACUUCCCGCAGCUCGUGCAGGACGCCCUGUCCUCCGGCAUGUGGCACUUUGACGAAAACGUCCCUACGCUGGGCGACGUGCGCGGUAAGGGUAUCUUCUUCAGUCGCUUCGGCAAGAAGCGCGACGACCAGUUCCCGAACGGGCAGGGCCUCAAGCCCUUGAGCUGGCCCGACAACCGUGGCGAGGGUUUCGACGUGGACUGGCAUGGCACGGCCUUCCGCAUCCAUGACUGGUACGACACUGAGAACAUCGGCGAGAAGACGAGUCGGAUCUGCAACUUCCUUGAGUCGACCUGCGACGGACGUGGCGCGGGCGUCGGCCCAAACCACCCUAUGAGCAUCGUCUUCGCGUCCGGCGGCAAGUUCCCGCAGGCCCCGCCGCACUGGAUGGCGUCGGGAGGCUCGGCGGGCGGCAUGUCGCAGGUGCUCUCCGUGGGCGCUAACCUCUUCGGCAAGAUCAGCGGAGGCGGAGGUGGUGGCGGCGGUGGUGGGCAGGAGACGGGGCCCGAGGGCGGCGUGAAUGCGCGCCUUGUCCGCUGGCUGCUUAACAAGGCCAUGGAGGGGCGCCGGCCACGCGCCAUCCUUAAUCUCGACUUUUACGACGAGACGAAUGCGAUGCAGGAGCUCAUCGCGGCGCUUAACGCCCUCCCGGAGUAAGAUACGGCGCGUAUGGACAAUGGCGAUGAGGUCAUAGCAGCAGU